AUGUUGCGGCGUAGCGUGCGUGCGUUUGAGAAGUUGGUAAUUGUCGAGUCACCCAACAAGGUUAUAAAGGUGGAGGGGUUACUGAGCGACCCAAAGGUGAUUCCGGACUGGUCGUUCAGCAACAGCAAGCUUCGCACGAUCAGCACCGGACCGGAGAAGGCGAUUGCUAUGGCCACGACGGGGCACUUCAUGUCGCUGAAGGAGUUAACCUGGUCUCCGCAGCUGUCCAGGCCCGCUCCAGGCGUUACAGCAACGGACUUCCCUGCUAAGGGCCUUCUUGUCAGUUUCUCGCUCGAGUGGGAGCUGAUCCCUGGACGGCGCAUCCAGGACACGGUGUCGCACUACAUCGAGGAAAAGGCGGAUAACCUGACGGAGAUCAUCGUCGCGACCGAUCCAGAUCGCGAGGGCGAACUGAUCGCGGUGCAUGCGCAGAACCUCAUUCGACGCAUGUUCCCAAAACUUAGCGUUCCUUUUACGCGUGCGUACAUGCACAGCAUCACCGCCGAUGGAAUCCGCCGCGCCAUGGCGGAGCGGCACGAGGCGUUCGACUACAACCUCGCCAAUGCUGCAGAGGCGCGGCACGCGAUGGACCGCAUCUUUGGCUUUCUGGGAAGCUCAGUGGUGCGCUACGCCAACCCGCAGAUGCGCUCCAUCGGGAGAGUGCAGACACCUGCACUCAUCCUUAUCAGCGACCGAGAGGACAAGAUCAAGUCGUACCUCGACUCCCACGCCUCUACGUUCGAGAUUCAGGCCAUGUGCCAUUUCACCUCCAAGCACGACCAGCGCUUCUCCCAGGUGGUCACGGUGACCCCGGCGCACAAAGGCGGCGCCGCGCCGGUGGUGUGGAGAGACAAGGUGACUGUGAUGCACCGGUGCGAGCAGUGGGCGCUGAGCUCGGCCACUCAGUUUAGCGUCUCGCGCACCGCAAAGCCACAGGAGACUGUGACACCCCCACCGAAGCCAUUCACAAUGGCCACGCUCAUCGCUAAGGCGAACCGGCAGCUACACUACACAAGCGACAUGGUCAGCUCAUGUCUGCAGGACCUGUUCCAGAUGGGCUAUAUCACCUACCCGCGCACGGACAGUACGCGGAUCGACGAGUCGAUUCUGCCCUCCAUCUACGCGGCCGUGCGCAGGGAACACGGCAAGCGCCUGCUGCAGGAACAGGAUGGUGCGGCCAGACCAAGCUCGCGUCGCUCCGCAGCACAGAAGGAAACGGCGAACACCAACGUCGAGGACGCGCAUGAAGCGAUCCGGCCCACCAACAUUGACACCACCGUCGAGGAGCUCGGUGCUGUGUCUGCGCCGAUGAGGCACAUUUACGAUCUGGUACGGCGGAACACAAUGGCAGUUUACAUGAUCCCGAUGAGGACGGAGCGGAUUGUGGUGCCGGUGACGUGCAGGGCUACCAACGGCGAGGAGGUGGAGUUUGAGCUGCAGGGCAAGCACGUCGUGGAGGCAGGUUGGUCAGCCGCCUUCCGUGGUGACAAAGGUGCAGUGGCGCCGAUGGCAGAGACGGAUCAAGAUGUGCAGGCAUUGGAAGAUGGCGGCAUCAUUGUGCCGAACAUCUCUGAUGACGAGUUCAAGGCCAUCAUGGACGUGGCGGACCAGCGCGGAGGUGCGGGAGUCAAGAAAGGAAACCUGAGGCUGGAGGCGGCGCAAGUCUCGGAAAAUCGGCCUAGCCCACCGCUUCCGUUCUCGGAGGGUGGUUUGAUUGAGCAGCUCAAGAACAACGGCGUGGGGCGGCCGAGCACGUACCCGAUGAUAGUCAAGACGCUGCUCGCACGCAACUACAUUAUGGUCAACAAGGGACGGUGCGAGACCACGCCGGUGGGACGCAUGCUCGUGGAAACCUCCCGAUCCACGUUCCCCUCCAUCGUCGACAUCGGCUUCACCUCCGCAUUUGAGAAGAAGCUCGACCGCAUCGCCAAGCCGGGAUGUGUGAAGGAAUUGGCGCUGCCGCCGAACGUGUCGGAUGCCGACUACGUACUCUCCUCUUUCAUCUCCAGCUUUUUGAACUACGUGACGGAGGCAACGAAGGCACAACGAGUCGCCAUCACGACGCGCUCCUGGACCCUGCAGCAGGAGAAGAGCGGCGUGAGCAGCACGCCGACAGACUUUCAGGCAAACCUGGAUAAGGAGAAAAAUCGGGUGAUGGCGCAGGUGCCAGACUUGGUGGACAACAUGAAGAACUACCGCACCUUUACGGCCCUUCAAAACAGCCUGAACGACUACCUACGGCGCAACUUUCCGCCCUCGGCAACUGCAGUGACGUCGGUGUCGCCCUCGGGAAUUGCUCGCAGUUACGGCAGCAGUUCCACGAAGAAGAGGUCAUAUGGAGUGACCUGCAAGGCUGCCAAGAAGACACCGCGUCGCUCCCAUGCAAAGCUGAAGAAGUAG